GAGGGAGAGAGAGAGGGAGCUCCUUCCUCCGCUCAUACCAAGAGCGCUGGAGACAGAGACAGUCACAUAUCACAGUCCACAACUUCUCCUCCUGUGGGUACCGUCGGAUUAGCAGGAACAUGAUAAUCACACGGAUUUAUACAUGUCAUUGGAUGCGUGGGCAGCGAUCGGCGUGAAAAUACUCGAUCAGGCGAUGAGAAGUUGUGAUAUCCGGCUGAUCGUGUGAGCGCUGCUGCCGGCUUCAAGCAAGAAAACUCAUGCUCCAUGCAUCCUCCUAUCAACUCUGACCAGCUUCCCCUGUCUCUACUGAAGAAAAGCGUCUCUGCAGCAUGAUGCUGCCACUGCCACUUAAUGUGUCCCUGUGAGGAUGUGGUGUUCAAGGUGUCCGUAGAUGAGGUGGGCGGUUCACCACCAACCAUCAUGGACAUCAGUUUAUGGACAUUUCUGCACGCCAAGCUUUGCCACCUGAGUGGCCCCUGCUUAUGUCUUUGAGCUCUAACACUGGGCAUAGUCGCUCUGGACACCAUGACACAAAUGGAUUACAAGUACAGCCUGCUCGGCUCCACUGUGGACGAUUACCACAAGAGGCCGCUCCUCUUGCAGGUGGACGACACGCCCAUGAACUUGUUCGCGAUUCUGGAAGUGAAACGCGACCCGACGAAACGCUCGAGCGCUGCGGGAUGCAAGAUCCGCCUGUACGGCUUCCUGUUCGGCCUGGCCGUCAUGUUCCUCAUCAUGGCGUCGUACGUUUUGACGGGGGACAAGAAGGGACUCCUCCUCACGCCGUCCCCGUACCACCUCAACAGCUUGGUCAGCCCCGGACCCUUUGCCUUCAACCUUUCUUCAGUGAAGGACUACGCACAUAUCAAGCUGGUGGUGAAAUCCAUCAAGUCCAAGUUGGAGUUUCCCAGCAGCCGGCGGCUUCCCGAGCUUAAAGCACUGAUGAGAAGCGAUCCACAUAUGUUUUCUGUGAUCCCACGGAAAUUCCUGCCCGGCAUCAAGAACCCCUGCUGGUAUAAGGAGUUCACUGGGAAUAUUACCACAGAUCCGUACAAGACGAAUUUGUAUGGACGCUAUUCGCGGCGCUUCCGGACAGUUUUUCAACACCUGAGGAGCGCUUUCCAUCACCAUCUGUUACGUCGCAACAGGAAACUCUACCGAAUGCGGUGCCUGCCUUAUUUCUACAUUAUUGGCCAACCAAAGUGUGGCACGACAGACCUGUAUGACAGACUCAGGUUGCACCCUGAUGUAAAGUUCACUACUUUCAAAGAGCCACACUGGUGGACCCGCAAGAGGUUUGGCAUCAUUCGUCUCAGUGAGGGCUUGCACGAUCGCUACCCGGUGGAGGACUACCUCGAUCUGUUCGAUCAGGCCACUCACCAAAUCCAGGGCGAGCUCACUGCAAACACCAGUGGCUCACCCAGCCACCCAAAGAUCAUCAUAGGAGAAGCCAGCGCCUCCACCAUGUGGGAUAACAACGCCUGGGUGUAUUUCUAUGAAAACACCACAGAGGGAGAGCCUCUUUUUCUCAUCCAGGACUUCAUCCACGCUGUGCAGCCUGAGGCCCGCUUCAUCGUCAUGCUCAGGGACCCAGUGGAAAGGCUUUACUCUGACUACCUUUACUUUGGAAUUGCCAAUAAGUCUGCGGAGGAUUUCCACGAGAAGGUGUCAGAGUCCCUGCAGCUAUUCGAUGGGUGCCUGACGGAGUUCACAAUGCGCUCCUGUGUCUACAACACCACUGUCAACAACGCAAUGCCAGUGAGAUUGCAAGUUGGCCUUUACAUUGUAUACCUAAUUGACUGGCUGACCGUCUUCAGCAAGGAACAAAUCCUGGUCUUGAGACUGGAGGACCACGCCUCGAACAGGAAAUACACAAUGCACAAAGUCUUUGAUUUUCUUAACCUCGGGCCAUUGUCGAAGGAAAUAGAAUCACAAAUCACAAGAAGCCCGGCAUCAAAUACUCGGAGACCAGCUGACAAAAACCUGGGACCCAUGCUGCCUAUCACUAAAGAGAUUCUGCGCGACUUCUACAAGCCGUUUAAUGAGAAACUGGCUAAAGUUCUGCAAAACGACACCUUCCUCUGGGAGAAUAACUCGAAACUCUGAAUGGACUGCCUUCAACAACAAAAAAAAGAAAGAAUGAAGAGCCCCAUUUUUCGGGGUGUCAACUCUUUUAAGUGCCCGUAAUAAAACAAAAAAACAACAACAACUAAGCAAUUUAUUGUAAAUUAUUUUCUAAGUUAUAAAUGCAGGUAUGAAUCAAAGACAGAAAAUAACAGCACAAGCAACUGUGGUGGUUUUCUGUGACUGUUUGUGAGAUGAGAAAGAUUGAUUGAAUGUAAGUGAUGCGGGGGAGAUCUACAGGUCUGUGUUUGAUGUCCAGAUAUAUAAAAUUAAAUUGUGAAUUUUAAAAUAUGGAA